AUGGCCAAGUUCCAUCACCCCCCCAACGCCAGCGCCGUCAUUCAAGGCCUCAACGUCGCCUUUGGCCACUCACAAGUGCUGAAGAACGCACGCCCAGCCACCCGUCCACUCGCCAGUGCAACGCGGAUUCUAGGGGCGCUGUUCGGCGUUGCCGAGACGGAGGCUUUGGAGCGAAGCUCGAUGCCUAGAAAAGCUUCACAUGAUCAAGACCUCUUGGUCCCGCAGAGGCUUCACGGCUGGCUUGCGACUUGCGCACCUCUUUCUUGGACUCAACAAUAA